AUGGACAUCAGAAGCAGAGGAGGCAGUUUGGAAGAGCAGUGGUUGCGAUAUGCUGGCAGCAGUUGCAUGGCCGUUGGGCAGUGCGCUCCGGCAGACCAUCCAGAGCUGCUUUGCGCGCUGGCCUGUACCGUCUCGUCCCCGCCGGGACCAAUGAAGCGGCUGUGGCACAAGCACCUGACUCGACACCUCUUUUGGAUUGACGGGGCCGGUUAG